AUGGUAGAGACAAGGCAUUCCGUAGCAGAGGAGGCCUUCCAAAGGCUCGUCAAGGAAAGAAAGGCUUAUGAAAAUGAACUGGCUGCUCUAAGAGAAAAGCUUGCCACGAUGGGUGAGGCAGAAGACAGAUACACCAGGAGAUUAAUCGAGGAUCAGAUAAAAGAGACAUGCAAAGCUCUUGAGAUGGUUGACAGGCAAGUGUUGAAGUUUUCAUGUUCCCAGGAAGAGAAAUAA